GUCAGUCGCUAUCGCUCCUGUCGAUGUUAUUUUUAUUUACGUUUACGUAAUUUCCCGAGUUGUAUUCUUAUGAUAUUAUUAGAAUAUAGUUGAAAAAAUGUACACUACCUUUAACACAAACGUAUUACUAAGAAAUAUGAAAACUGUAGCUAUGCGGACGGCACAAUUAUCUUCAAAACCUGCAGCUUCGGAGGUGCUAACUGCUUAUUUAAUUCAAUGCAAUGAACCGCCUUGGACUUCUUAUUUCGUUAAGUACAGUAGUGUCAAGAAUGAUCAAUUUGGAAUGUCAAACUUCAAUUGGAAAGUAGGGAGCUCAAACUAUCAGAUACUAAGAACUGGCUGUUUCCCUUACAUUAAAUAUCACUGUUCCAAGAAAAAAGCAGAAGAUUUAGAUGUAUCUGACAAAUUCAUGAGAGCUAUCAAAGUUAUUAAUUUUGGAAUACCAUGUUUGCUCUAUGGCCUGGCAGCAACUCAAUUAAUAAGACAUAAGGAAAUAGUGCACACUUCUAAGGGACCUGUAACUAUAUACUUCUUAUUACCAGAAGAUAAAGGAUCAAGCUACUGACUUAUAAUUUAUUAAAUCCUGGAUAUAACUAACUGA